AUGCGACCUACUGCACGGCUUAAACCAAUAGACAAGGCGCUCUAUUUUAUCAAGUUGGACAAAGACCAAGAUGGUUAUACAGUGAAAGAUUUCGGCUUCAAAGGACGAGGUAUAAAGACCAUAGCAGACAGGAAAAAUGGAGAUUUCCUUCUCCACUACACAGGUGAACUUAUAACAGGUGAAGAAGGUGAUAGAAGGGAAGCAAAAAACUCAACAGGCUUCCGUUUCUUUUUCAUAUCCAAAGGCAAGCAGUUAUGCGUAGAUGCUUCUGAAGAAAGUGGAAGACUUGGAAGACUGGUAAACCAUGGUCAUAAAAAAGAACUGAAUGCUGUGAUGAAGGAAGUUAGUGGGCAGUUGAUCCUGUUUGCACAAAGGGACAUCUGUGCAGGUGAAGAGCUACUUUACGAUUAUGGAUUAAAGGAAUACCCCUGGACACAGGUCACACUAUCAAUAGUGACUCAGAUGAGACCAAUGUGGAACAAUCCUCUCCAGUUACAGCUGUUGAAGACCAACUGACAUGUACAGCCAGAGUUGAAAGUCCUUCCUUCCAAGCUAACACACCUGAUGCGUCUGACACAAACACCGUACAUCAGACUUCCAGCACCGAUGGUGACACACUUGAGACCAAUGUGGAACAAUCCUCUCCAGUUACAGCUGUUGAAGACCAACUGACAUGUACAGCCAGAGUUGAAAGUCCUUCCUUCCAA